AGAGUUCCCCAGGGUCACCCGCUGCGCCGCGAUCGUUUUUUUUCCCCUUUUGCCUUCUUCACCUGGAUAUAAUUUCCGAGCGAAGCUGCCCCCAGGAUGACCACGCUGGCCGGCGCUGUCCCCAGGAUGAUGCGGCCCGGCCCGGGGCAGAACUAUCCACGCAGUGGGUUCCCGCUGGAAGUGUCCACUCCCCUGGGCCAGGGCCGCGUGAACCAGCUCGGCGGAGUAUUUAUCAACGGUAGGCCGCUGCCCAACCACAUCCGCCACAAGAUCGUGGAGAUGGCUCACCACGGCAUUCGGCCCUGCGUCAUCUCGCGCCAGCUGCGCGUGUCCCACGGCUGCGUGUCUAAGAUCUUGUGCAGGUACCAGGAGACAGGCUCCAUCCGUCCCGGAGCCAUCGGCGGCAGCAAGCCCAAGCAGGUAACGACGCCUGAUGUGGAGAAGAAAAUUGAGGAAUACAAACGAGAGAACCCUGGCAUGUUCAGCUGGGAAAUCCGAGACAAAUUACUCAAGGACGCAGUCUGUGAUCGCAACACAGUGCCUUCAGUGAGUUCCAUCAGCCGCAUCUUGAGGAGUAAAUUUGGGAAAGGCGAAGAGGAAGAGGCUGACCUGGAGAGGAAGGAGGCUGAGGAAAGUGAGAAAAAAGCAAAACAUAGCAUUGACGGCAUCCUGAGCGAGAGAGCCACGGCACCCCAAUCAGAUGAAGGCUCUGACAUCGACUCUGAACCGGAUCUCCCGCUAAAGAGGAAACAGCGCCGGAGCCGGACCACCUUCACCGCAGAGCAGCUGGAAGAACUGGAGCGAGCUUUUGAGAGAACUCACUACCCUGACAUCUACACGAGGGAGGAGCUGGCCCAGAGGGCCAAGCUCACAGAGGCCCGAGUGCAGGUCUGGUUUAGCAACCGCCGUGCAAGAUGGAGGAAGCAAGCUGGGGCCAAUCAACUGAUGGCUUUCAACCAUCUCAUUCCGGGGGGAUUCCCUCCCACGGCCAUGCCGACCCUGCCAACAUACCAGCUGUCAGAGACCUCUUACCAGCCCACAUCCAUUCCACAAGCUGUGUCAGAUCCCAGCAACACUGUUCAUAGACCUCAACCGCUCCCUCCAAGCACGGCUCACCAAAGCAGUCUUCCUUCAAACCCGGACAGCAGCUCUGCCUACUGCCUUCCGAGCACCCGGCAUGGAUUUUCCAGCUAUACAGACAGCUUUGUGCCUCCAUCGGGGCCCUCCAACCCCAUGAACCCCGCCAUUGGCAAUGGCCUUUCACCUCAGGUAAUGGGACUGCUGACCAACCAUGGCGGGGUACCUCAUCAGCCUCAGACUGAUUACGCACUCUCGCCUCUCACCGGGGGCCUGGAACCUACCACCACCGUGUCGGCCAGCUGCAGUCAGAGACUAGAUCAUAUGAAGAGCUUGGACAGUCUGCCUACAUCUCAGUCCUAUUGUCCACCCACCUAUAGCACCACAGGCUACAGUAUGGACCCAGUCACGGGCUACCAAUAUGGGCAGUAUGGACAAAGUGCCUUUCAUUAUCUCAAGCCAGAUAUUGCAUAAGUGAACUGUCCAUUGGAGCUAAAACUAGCCCCGUUUCCGGUCUCCACAGCCUAGACAUGAAGAGUCUUCUCAGAAAAUAAAAAUUAAAAAAA